GGGUGGAACUUUUGCGCAUGCGCAUCAGUUCCACACGUUGUUUUGGAGUUGGAAGUAGUUUUAGCCAAAAAAAUAUAGUUAAAUACAGCUAUUUUUCUGUUCAAGGAUCCGUUUGCGGAGUGUGUGUUUUAAUGCUUCCCUUACAGAUAUUGGUUUGGACUUUAAGUAGCUGUUAGUGUUGAGAAGUGUAAGAAUUCAGACAGAAAACGCUGAGAUUUUACUAAAUCUAGCUAGCCUGCUAGCCUAGCCCCAGCAUGGCAGCUGUACUGGAGUUGAUAGCUGGCAGCUAUGAGCAGGUCGUGGUUGGAUACCGAGUUCUCACUGGGGAGAAAGUAAGUAAUAUUGUCUUUUUUAAGAUGCAUAACACUGCCAUGGUACAAGACUGAUACCUCGUGUUUUUUAAUCUUAACGUAUACUGAAUUGUCAAAGAGUUCAGUCUUUACUAAGCGACUAAUUUGGUGGUUUUCUCCUCAUUUUUCUACACACAGUCCUCGCAUCUCAUCUUUUAUUUGUUCCUUGUUUUGUGUUUGUCACGCAGGAGUGGACAGCAGAGGCAGAUUUCACACACCAUGCCCACACAGCAUCUAUAUCAGCUGUAGCAGCCAGUGAGAGGUUUGUGGUCACAGGCAGCAAAGAUGAGACCAUGCAGCUGUAUGACUUACAGAGGAGGGUUGAACAUGGAGCUUUACUGCAUCAUGAUGGUGAGAGACUCCACUGGACACCAAAUUAGUGACACUGUUUAAAGUACAUGUAGGAGACUUUAAGGGCCUGACACCACCAUGCCUCUGAGGCUCAAGGAAGAACAUUUAUGAUAAUUUCUGUAUCAUUUCCUUGAAGUAAUAAUCACCAUAUUAAUAAUUUUUCUCUGCAGACGCGGUAGUUCUUCUACCUUAGCGUCUCAAUCUGAUUGCAUUUCCAUGAAGAAAUUAUCAUAAAUGUUCUUCCUUGAGCUGCGAAACCCCACAGCAGUCCAUAAUGUACUGUUGAUGAAGUUAGGUGCUGUUCUGAGCAUUAUUUGUGGCUAUAGAGUGGUGUUUUGGUUGAGCGUGUGGCUCUCUGUAUUGUUAUCCUGCGGUCAUUACAAAAGUUAGAGAAGCAAACAGUUGGCAACAUUCAUCUUUCGACAGGGUUUCUAACUCUGUGUUACAGUGUGUUUGACCCUAAAUUAAUUUUACGCUGGAAUAUCCCUUUAGGCUUACUACCUUUUCUUCAUCCAGGUCUUUUCUAGCUGUAUGCCAAGUUUGAGGUUGAUCAGUUGAGUGCCCUCAGAGGAGUUAAUUCUAGAAAAAUCCCUGGAAGCAGCAAAAAUAAAGGGAAUUUCAGCCUAUUUUUGUCUUGACUGUAACCGUUUGUCCCACAGGUACCAUCACCUGCCUGGAGUUCUACGGGACGUCUCAUUUGUUGAGUGGAGGAGAGGAUGGACUCGUCUGUGUGUGGAGCACCAAGAAAUGGGAGUGUCUGAAAUCCAUCAAAGCUCACAAGUAAGUAAGGGAGGGAGAGGGAGAGGGGUGCUGAGGUGAUUGUCUUUGUGUGUUUGCUCUCUUUACGAACCAGAUGAGUGAAAGUAAUCUUCUUGAUCCUUUUGUUUUUCUCAGAGGCCACGUCACUUCACUGUCUGUCCAUCCAUCCGGGAAACUUGCUCUCACAGUCGGGACAGAUAAGACUCUCAGGUACACUCAUCGCUCUGCGAAAGUCUGUGAUCAUUUGCUCAUUAAGGAAACAAAACUAACUGUUGUGUCUUUUGCUCUUUCUGUAGAACAUGGAAUCUAAUAAACGGACGCUCAGCGUUCAUCAAAAACAUAAAACAAAGUAAGACGACUUUCAGGUUUUAGAGUUGAUUCAUGGACCUUUUUCUCUGUGUUGGAAAUGACUUCAUACUUUUUCUCUCAGAUGCUCACAUAGUCAGGUGGUCUCCAGAUGGGGAUAAAUAUGUGGUCAUUCUAAAUGACAAAGUGGACAUCUAUGACCUGCAGACAGCCUCAGUGACAGGAACGAUCACAAACCCAAAGAGGAUCUCAUCUGUUAAGUUCUUAAAUGUAAGUUCUCUAUUGAUAAGAGACUUCCCCAAAAAAACACACCACUGCCUUACUAGAAAACGGCUUUCAAAAAGAUUAAAGCAUCUCUGAUAUUUUAUCAUUUGCAGCAUAAGAAUAUCAAGAUCUCUGAUUACAAAAAGGUGUGAUAAUGUUCCUUGUUUUUUAGAACUCCAUCCUGGCUGUCGCAGGAGAUGAUGAAAUAGUGAGAUUAUGUGACACAGGGAAGGAGAAGUGGGUGUGUGAGUUUAAGGCUCAUGAAACAAGGUAAAUUUACCGUGUUUUUUCUUCACUAAUCAACCUCUGAAGAUGUCUUAAAUUUACUAAGCUGCUGUGAGGAGUUUCUGACUAGUUAUAAAAUGGACUGAAAGUGAUACUGAUGCUUCUUUAUGACCUACAAAAGCAAACAAAACCAUCAGUAACAUAACUGACAAUAUGUAUUAUAAGUUUAAGUGGGGUUAGGUCAUUGAUGGCACACCGAAGAAACAGCCUUUUGUACAUUUUUCAGUGGUAAACAGUCACAAUGAGUGAUGUAAUUAACUGCUAAAAAAAGCACAAUGAGAUGUUUAUUCAGAGAAAACUACCUUAGUUUGUACAAAACAAGAUCAGCCCCAGAAUCAGCACAAACCUUACAGUAGCUUUAAUAUUUAUGUGACGCUGCAUUUUCAAUAGUUUGCUGACUUGGCAAAAAUGUCAAAAACUGAAUCAGAGACAUAAAGUUCUUCUUCUUUGUAUGGCUGAUCGAUGUCAAUUCCACUUUCACUUGAUAUUGGAGGUCAGUGUUUAAAAGUCUGUUUUGUUUUGUGUCUUCAGAGUCAAAGCUGUUGACAGUUUCAUGAUGGAGGACUACUGCGUGGUUGUCACGGCUUCAAACGAUGGAUUCAUCAAAAUGUGGAAACUCCAACUGAAAGAGGCACGACUUAAGUGUUACUCAUGAACAUUCAGUCAUUAAAUUUAACUGUAUAUUUAAAAUAAUCCUAGCAAGUUAUGAAGUUAUGCACUCGCUUAUGAACCUUUCUGCUAUAUGAUUUAAUUCAUAGAGUUUAGAAAAGUUUAGAAAAUUCACUUAAAUGUUAACCGUCUGUUGUUGUCUGUCUACUCCCAACAGGAGCUGGAAUCUCCCACACUCCUUGGGGAAGUGAAUACAACAGCCAGACUGACGUGCCUCGCCGUGUGGAAACCUUCAUCAGUGCAGCAGACCACCGAGGAACCAGCAGCUAAAGCAACAACAUCUGAAGGUAGUCCACCUUUAAACUCUUACCGUAUUUUACAGACUAUAAGUCGCACUUUUUUCACAGUUUGGCUGGGUUUGCGACUUAUAUAUAUAUUGAAAUAUAUGAUUUCAUAUAUAAUUUGGUCUUGGAUUUUGUAAAACAAAUUUCCCCCCAAAAAUGCAACUUAUACCGUUAUAUGUUUUUUCAACUUCAUUAUGCAUUUUAUGGCUUUUUUAUGUUUUUUAUGGCUAUUUUAUUUUAUUUCAUGGCAACUUAUAGUCCAAAAAAAAUAGGGUACAUUAAAUAAUAACCAUCAUCCGUGUUUUCCAGCCUUUUCUCAAUAGCGUUUACAUAAAUAAAGACUCUUUUUUUGCGUGUCUCUACAUCUCAUUUUCUGCCGACAGAACUUGCGAAGGAGCUUUCAAAGACAAAGAGAGUCCAUAUUUCAACAGAGGAGGUCAUCCUAGAAGAUGAGAGCAAACCAAAGAAGAAGAAGAAAAAGGAUGGUGGAAAAUAACCUUAAAAAGAAGAAUGAUGUUAUUUUUCAUGGACUGUUUGAUGGCUUGACCUGUUUGGUCACAUGUGCAUUUUCAAUAAGGAGGGUAAAAAAGUAAAGUUUUUAAUGUUUGUUGUCAUUGAUGCAAAAAAGCUAAAAAAAGAGAAGGAAGAUGAGAUGGGCAACAAUAAAAACAGUUUUAUCAUU